AUAUGAUUGUGUGAUCACUCGGGGCUCCAUUAUCAGAUUUUCAGAGGUACAAUCUGAAAGUUUUAGGGAGAAUAUACACCGGAAAAAUUAGGGUUUAAGCAGUUUUGGUGUUGAUUUCUGCAGAAAUUAGGGUUAGACACUUGUCAUCUAAUCAGUUAGGGUUGUAAUUUAUGAUAUCGAUUCUGUUAGGUUUUCAUUCGUGUUGGUAAAAAACUUAAAUUUGAGCCGCUGAUGGACGAGAUCUGGGAGAGGGCGGUGGAGACAGCGUUAGACGGCCAAACAGAUGUGGCAUCGGUCCGGACGUUAACGCUCGACGGAGCGGUGAAGUGCGUGCACGGUCGUCUACCACAUCCGUCUCUAUUCCAGAAGUUUCCUCAUCUACAACAUCUAUCAAUUGCAAACAUCGGUGUUUCAUCACUUGAACAGUUCCCGCGCUUACAAAACCUCCAGAAGUUGAUUUUAUCAGACAACCGGAUCGCCGGCGGUUUGGAAUUUUUGGUUCACGCUGGUUUGGAUUCGUUACGGGACCUCGAUUUGUCGAAUAAUCGGAUUCAAGAGAUAGACGAUUUGAGGCCUUUGGCUGAGCUAAGGCUUGUUUCUCUUGAUCUGUAUGAGUGUCCGGUUACAAGGGUUAAAGAUUACCGAUCUAGAGUGUUUGGGUUGAUUAAAUCGUUGAAGUAUUUAGAUAAGAUGGACGUUGAUGAGAACGAGCGGCCUGAAUCAGACGACGAGGAUGACGACGACGAGGAUGAAGAUGACGACGAAGAGGAGGAGGAGGACGAUCCUGGAAGCGGGGAGAUCGAUGGUGAGGAAAAGGGUCCGAAUAGGUUGGCUAAUGGACAUAACAUCGGGCAAGAUGGUGUAGUUGAUGUGGAUGAAGACGAUGAAAGCGAUGCAGAUGAGGAAGAGGCUGAGAUUGUGAGAGGGUCUAAUGGGAACGCGUCAAAUUCGUUGGCUGGUCAGGCAAAUGGUUUUCAUGCCGAAUCUGUUGAUGUUGAAGACGACGAUGAUGAUGGCGACGAUGAUAAUGAUUCAGAUGAGAUCGAUGAAGAGGGUGAGGGCGAUGGUGAAGGCGAGGAAGAGGACGAUGUGGUUGAAGUUCAUGAGAUUGAAGAUAGCGAUGAUGAAGAAGAUGGGGUUGAAGAUGACGAUGAAGAGGAUGACGAUGAGGAGGUUGAUAAUGAAGAUGUCACUGAGCCAGGGAGUACAGGGUGGUUAACUAGCACAGAAGGUGAGAUUGAUGGGCAUGAACAAGGAGAGGAAGAUGUAGACGAAGAUGAUGAUGGAGAAACUGGAGAAGAGGAAAUUGGUGUUUUUGAAGACGAUGAAGAGGCUGAGGAUGAGGAAGAGGAAGAGGAAGAAGAUGAGGAUGUAGGUACAGGGUAUCUGGUACAACCAGUUGCACAGGUGGCAGAAGAUGGAGUAAUUGGAGGAGAUGAAGAAGAUGAUCCCGAAGUUGAAGAGGAAGAGGAAGAGGAAGAGGAAGAGGAAGAAGAUGAUGAAGAUGGUGAUGAUGAUGAUGAUGAUGAUGUUGGGAUGCAGCCUCCAUCUUCAUCAAGUAAACGAAAAAGAGAUGGGGAUGAUGAUGAUGGUGGUGGUGAUGAUGAUGAUGAUGAUGAUGGUCUUGUUCAUCCAAAAAUCAUCAAAGCAAAACUAGCUAUUAGGUGAAGAAAGAUAAAGAUAAAAGAUGAAUGAAUGAUUGAUGUUGAAGAAUGGUGUGGGGAGAGGGAGAGUGGUAAUGAGGGGUUUUUUUCUUGAAAAAGUGUAAACUAAUGUGUUUUGAGAAUUUACUACUAGUACAACAAGUAGAAAAACCCUUUGUUUUUUAAUGAAAAAAGAGAGUAGAAAGGAUUUUGAAGAAGAAGCAUGUAAAGUAAAGUGGUUUGGAUUGGGUGAUGAUGAUGAUGAUGGGAAAAGACGUUUGAUUUAAAAAGUUAUAUAUAUAGUAAAGUAAUAGUGUAGUAUCCGUUGUUGAAAUGAGAAUUCAAAAGGUAGUUGAUGAUGAUAAGAGGGAAACGGCAACAAACAAUCUUAUUUUGAAUGACAGUUGAGUUGAGUGAAGCCUAAAUAAAUAUUUGAAAAUGGAGGGAAUUUCGUAUAGAAAGAGGCACUCGAACAAACAGAAAUAUAAUUAAAAUAAGGAAGAAGGGAAAGAGGGUUUGGGUUUGGGUUUGGGUUUGAGUUGGAGUUUGAGGUCCAUGACAUGUGAUCAAGUCAUGUGGUACUUGAAAGAAAGUUGGAACAUUAAAAAAAAAAAAAAAGGGUUCCAAAUUGGGAGAAUGGGGCGGGUAUAUAUGCAUGCGUCAACUUGCAAAUGGACUCUUUCUCUCGAGUCUUUGAGAUGAAAUGGAGAGUGGUUUUCGGAUAAAAUUCGCAAAUGCUGCGGCUCAACGGCGGCUGAUUGGCUGGCUCAAAAUGAAUGUAGCGCCACUUGGCUUGGCUUGGCUUGGAUUUUACUUUUGUGGUGCUCAGGUUGUACACGUAGUAGUUGAUUCGAUUUGGCUUUCUUUAUUGUACCAACAAGUAGAUCCCUUUGUUUAUUUCACUUUUAUUUUAUUUUAUUGUAC